AUGCCGAAGGGGCGGCGCGGCAGCCAGAGCCCCACCAUGAGCCAGCGGCCGGCCCCGCCCCUCUACUUCCCGUCCCUCUACGACCGCGGCAUCUCCUCGUCGCCGCUCAGCGACUUCAACAUCUGGAAGAAGCUCUUCGUGCCGCUGAAGGCGGGCGCGGCGCCGGCGGGCGGGCCGGCGGGGGGUCGAGCCGUAGCCCAGGCGCCUCCGGCACCGGCGCCCCCGCCGCCGCCCCCCGGCCUGGGCCCUCCCAGCGAGCGCCCUGGCCCCCCGCCCUGGCCCUCCGGCUUGGCCCCCAUCCCCUACGAGCCUCUGCGCUUCUUCUACUCGCCGCCGCCGGGCUCCGAGGUGGCAGCUUCGCCUCUGGCCCCCGGCCCCGCGGCCCCCAGGCUCGCCUCUGCCUCCCACCCCGAGGAGCUGUGCGAGCUGGAGAUCCGGAUUAAGGAGCUGGAGCUGCUCACCAUCACUGGGGACGGCUUCGACUCCCAGCGCUAUAAAUUCUUGAAGGCGCUCAAGGAUGAGAAGUUACAAGGACUGAAGACUAGGCAGCCUGGAAAGAAGUCCGCCUCUCUCUCCUGA